UCAAACUCACCUGUAUCACAUUAGACACUUAUUCCCUUUCCCCAGAAAAAAACAAUCCCAAAAAAGGUUCAUAGCACAAACAUAUCGACCUCAACUAUCCAACUCACAACACAUCCCCCCCUCCCCCCACCAAAAUGCCCUCAAAAUACGACCUCAUAAUCCUCGACUUCGACGGCACGAUCUUCGACUCCCACGAGGCCAUCUACACCUCGAUGCAACGCACCUUCCACCACUUCCUGCCCGACCACCCGCUCCCCACCACGCAGCUCACCGCCCUCAUCGCCCAAGGCCACAGCCCCGAAGUCACCUUCCGCGCUCUCCAGGACCCAACCACCCUGGACACCUUCGACGAACCCACCUGGAUCGCCACCUACCGCGCCCUCUACCGCCAACACGGCCAGCCGCUCACGCGACCCUACCGGGACGCCUACGCGCUCGUGCGCGCCCUCACGCAGACCCACCGCCUCCCCGUGGCCAUCAUCAGCAACAAAGCCGUGGGCGCCCUCACGGCCGCGCUGCACCGCCACGGCUUCCUGGAGUUCAUCCCGGAGGCGCUGGUCCUCGGCGACGGGGUGUUCCCCGGGGGCAAGCGGAAGCCGGACCCCGCCGGGUUCGGGGAGGGGCUGGUGCCGCGGCUGCGCGAGUAUUUCUCGGCCUCGGGCCAGACGGCGGAGUGGUUGGAGAGGGACGGCGGGGUCGAUAUGCGGCGGGUGCUGAUGGUGGGCGAUACGAUUACCGAUAUCCGGUUCGCGAGGAAUCUGGGGUGUCCGGUCUGUUGGUGUCGGUUUGGGCAGGGGGAUCAGGCGGAGUGCGAGGCGGCGGGGCCGGAGGUGGUGAUUGAUGGGUUGGGGGAGUUUGUGGAGAAGGUUCUCGGGGGCGAGGGGCAGGGGAGGGGAGUGAUGGGGUUGAGGGUGGCGGGGGUUUAGGAGGUGUAUAUAUUUGGGCUUUUAGAGCUAGAUUUCGAGGAGAGAGAAGGGGAGGGGGUUGUUUGAUCUAUGCCGAGUAGAGGAGCGGAUGAGUUGAUUGAUAUAGGUAUGUAUAGAUAUGGUUGUGUCGAU